AUGGACCGCCUCGCCCAGUUUCAGGCGGCGUGUGGCCUCAUUUUGCUUGGCGGCGUGCCAGCGCCGGGGUCGGGCACUUUGGUACCCGCGCGGGUUACCGUCACGGAGCCCCCCUCGGAGCAGAGCUUGGAGGCGGCGCAGAAGUUGCAGGAAUUCUACAAGUUAGUGGGCGACGUCGGCGGGGCCGUCGACCGUGUCACGACACUGACGCGGGAGAUUGCCGCCAAGCACUCGGCGAUCCUGAGUAACUUUGAUGUGAUGAAGAGCGACUCCAUGCGGCAGGAGGUGGAGGAGCUGACGAGCCAAAUCAAUGCCUCCGCGCAGGCCGCCUCUCAGACCCUCGAGGCGAUGAAGGCGGAGACGGACAAACUAAAGGUGACCCCCGAAAUGGAGAGCCUGUUUGUGGGCGUGAUACGCAUUGAGGAAAACCAGCGGCGGUACAUGCUGCAUAGGCUGAGCGAGGCGAUGGAGGCGUAUCAGCGACAACAGAACUUGGUAGAGGCGCAGUACCGCACAAUGACCGAGCGGCAGAUAAAGAUCAAGUACACAAACCCCGAUGGCACCGCGAUUGAUGAUGAGACGGCGAAGGAGCUUGCCCAGGCUGUGCUGGAGAACAACGUCACAAGCGGCAUUUUUCAGCAGAGCAAGGAUGUCUUGGCUCAGAUCAUCGAGACAAGAAAUGACAUCUAUCACAUCGAGCGCUCGAUGCGUUACCUUAACCAACUCUUCAACGAUUUAGCAUUCCUUGUGCAUGAGCAGGGGGAGAUUAUGGAUGUGGUUCUCAAGAACAUUGAGAGCACAACCCAAUUUGUCGAGGCGGGCCGAAAGGAGAUGAGAAAGGCACGCAAGUACAAAAAACGCAGUAGACGAAAAAUUUGUUGCUUGGUGAUAAUCCUGGCGGUCGUCGUGGCUUUGUUUGUGCUUGCUGCAGUUUUGGGAAAGGUACUGUAG